AGGAGGAAGCAGUCGCGAGCUCCUGGUCAAGAUGCGCUCAGAGGAAGUGCAAAUGAAAAAGGUUUAAUUUUGCGCAUAAACUCGACAAUUUCUAAAUAAAUAUAUCUAAAAGGAGAGGGGGAAGACUUUCUCCACAUGAGCCGCAGAGCCGUGCUUGGCUGACAGUGACAUCAUCAAGUGAUUGGAUAAAAGGAUAAGAAGACUUUCAUUAUUGAUUUAUUUGUUGUUUAUACAUUAAACAACUUAAGGACACAGCUGAAUAUAAUACACUGUAUCCUGGAUGUGUUUCACUGUAGCACAGCUACAGAUUUCCAAACCAAUCAUUUCACAGGCAAUGACAACUGUUUCUUAGAUGCUCUUGUCUCUCGCUGUUUGCCUUAGCAAUAUAUAUAGACGCUUCCCAAUGUUCAGUUCGGACAGACUAACCGUCUCUGAGCGGGUCAGCCGGCUUCAACCGCACAGAUUGACCUCUGAUCCCAGGGCUGUUUCACCUGGCCUUCAUGUCGAUGUCCAGGCCGCGUUGGACAGAUCUCUUCCAGCACUGCGGACUGCUGUGAAAACACUCAAGUCCUCCAGAGAAUCCGAAGAUGUGCCAAAGACUCGGCAGGCUAUCGCUGAAAUAUUCCAACUUGUUGAGGAGGCCUGGGUUUUGCCUGCGGUUGGCCGGCAAGUGGCAGAGCAGAUCUGCAACAGAAUACGACUGGACGGAGGUCUUGAGUCACUGCUGCUGCUACUGCGGACUCCUGCUGAGGACAUCACGUAUGAGUGCGCCAAGCUGCUUGAGCAGAUUCUGAUCUCAGAGAACAGAGACUAUGUAGCACGCAUGGGUCUCGGUGUGAUUCUGAACCUGACCCGUGAGCAGGAAGAUGCCCAGCUUGCGCGGAGCAUCUCAGGAAUCCUGGAACACAUGUUCAAGCACACGGAGGAGACGUCGGCCCAGCUCAUUGCAGACGGAGCCCUGGACGCAUUGCUGUUCUGGUGCCGGGGUACAGAUCCCACAGUGCUGCGGCAUUGUGCCGUGGCUCUGGCCAACUGCGCCAUGUAUGGUGGGCACCGGUGUCAGCGCCUGAUGAUCGAGAAGCAGGCAGCUGAGUGGCUCUUCCCGCUGGCCUUCUCAAAGGAGGAUGAGCUGAUCCGCUUCCACGCAUGCCUGGCUGUGGCUGUGCUCGCUGCGAACAGGGAGCUGGAGAGCGAGGUGGUGAAGUCAGGCACGCUGGAGCUAGUGGAGCCGUUCAUCGCCUCUCUCGACCCGGAUGAGUUUGCGCGCAGCCUGCAAGACACCGCCGACAGCGUUCAGGGACGCACCGCUGCUGACCUGCAGCACCUCUUGCCCCUUCUGGAUGGGACGCGGCUCGAGGGCAAGUGCAUCGCUGCUUUCUAUCUUUGUGUGGAGAGUGGCAUCAAGUUCCGGCAGCACAACAUCAGGAUAUUUCAGGAGAUUGGGGCAGUUCAGAGUUUAAAGAGGAUUGUCAUGUACUCAAGCAAUGCCACCACACUCUCUCUGGCCAAAAGGGCCCUCAGGAUGAUGGGUGAAGAUGUUCCACGCCACAUAAUGUCCUCUGUUCCUAACUGGAAAACAGUGGAGGUACAAACAUGGCUGCAACAGAUUGGCUUUAGUGCCUUCAGUGAUCGAUUCCAGGGGCUGCAGGUGGAUGGUGACCUGCUACUUAACAUCACUGAGGAGAACCUGAUUAAUGACCUGGCCAUGACCUCUGGGAUCACUCGCAAAAGGUUUAUGCGAGACCUGCGGGUACUGAAGACUUAUGCUAACUACUCCAUGUGUGACCCUAAUAAUCUGGCCGACUGGUUAGCAGACAUAGACCCACGGUUCCGUCAGUACACCUACAGCAUGCUGCAGUCCGGUGUGGGUCGUACCAACCUCCUCCAGAUUACGGACGAACAGCUGCAGCGGGACUGCUGUAUAGAGAACGGAAUCCACAGGGCUCAGAUCCUCACUGCUGCCCGCCGGCCUGCCAGGCCCUGUUUCAUUGACUCACAGUGCACAGGUCCAGAUGUGUUCAUCAGCUACCGGCGCACCACUGGAUCACAGCUUGCAAGUCUGCUGAAGGUGCACUUGCAGGUGCGUGGCUUCAGCGUUUUCAUCGAUGUGGAGAAGCUGGAGGCAGGCAAGUUUGAGGAGAAGCUGAUAAGCAGCGUGCAGCGAGCGCGUAACUUCAUCCUGGUGCUGUCAGCCAACGCUCUGGACAAAUGCAUGGGUGACACCGGCAGGAAAGACUGGGUUCAUAAGGAGAUUGUCACCGCCCUCAAAGGAAAGAAGAACAUUGUUCCUGUCACCGACAACUUUCAGUGGCCUGAUCCCAGCUCUCUUCCUGAGGACAUGCAAGCCGUCCUCACAUUUAACGGCAUCAAGUGGUCCCAUGAGUAUCAGGAAGCCUCAAUAGAAAAGAUUCUUCGCUUCCUGAAGAGAGGCUCCAGUCAAGAGCAGCUGGACAGCUCAAAGACCUGCAUGGAGCCAGAGCAGAACGUUCCUCCAACCACUCAGCAAUGUUGAGCUUUCCCACUUAUCAUAUAAGAUAAGAUAAUACUUUAUUAAUCCCCAGAUGGAAAAAUUAGGGAUACCUGCUAAAUAUGCACACUUAAUCAGUGACCGAACUACUAACUGUUAAUGCUACCAACCUCUGAUAGGCCAGUUCUAUUACUUUAUGUGCUAGGAUUAAAAUGAGUGAUACAUGGAAGACAGACAGUACUGUAAAGCUCUGUAA